UUACCUCAGCAAGGACUCCCCUUUCCUACCUUCUGUAAACCGGAAAUAUUUUACGCCACUCGCUGUUACUCCUGCCCGCAGUAGAAAUGAAAUAUAAAGUAUUCAGUGCGUGGUUACCUCAGAGGAUGUGGGGAAGCCCAGCGGGUAUUUGUUAGUCAGGGAGAGUGCGACGUCCCUCUCUAGGUGGUUUGUCUGGUUGUUUAAAGGUUGUAGCCCUCCCAGUCUCCUCACCCCGGCUUUCAAAAAGGCUGAGUGGGGGAAUGGAAGUCGUCUGCACAGAGAGGAGUGGGGUUGAAAUAAAACACUCCUGUUUUAAACUAGGUUUAUAUGUUACGUUGCGUGUUAAGGAUUCAAGUUUGUUUUGUGAGCCGCCCAGAGUGCUUCUGCUAAUAGGCGGUGUAGAAAUGUAAUAAAUAAAUAUGAAAGGUGUAGAAGACCACAGGGCUGUGACGGGAAGGAAAAAUCAGUGAUCUUGAAGGAAUAAAGCCAGGUUAAGACAUCUGGGCCAACUGUUGUUAGUCAGCUGGCCAAGGAAUAGUUUGAGGCUUUUGACCAUAUAUGUAUCAAAGCUCUGUAGGGCUUUGGCGAGCCUCCCCACUCUUAAGUGUGCCUACUGCUGCAGUGGCUUACCUUUGUUGCUGUUUGAACACCCCUGUCCGGUACUAUGUUGGCAGAGCAAGCCCAGAAGUGGUUCCCGACUCACGUACAGGUCACAGUCCUUCAGGCCAAAGAUCUGAAGCCAAAGGGCAAAAGUGGCACUAAUGAUACAUACACUAUUAUACAAUUGGGAAAGGAGAAAUACUCCACCUCAGUGGCGGAGAAGACCCUGGAUCCCAUAUGGAAAGAAGAGGCCUCAUUUGAAUUGCCUGGAUUGCUGAUGGAAGGGAAUUCUGAGAAAUACAUCCUCCACCUGAUAGUCAUGCACAGGUCCCUUGUCGGGCUUGAUAAGUUUCUGGGACAAGUGGCAAUAAAUUUGAAUGAUAUCUUUGAGGACAAGCUCAGAAGGAAAACGGAGUGGUUUAGUCUAGAGUCCAAACAAGGGAAAAGAACUAAAGACAGAGGAGAAAUAAAAGUCAAUAUUCAGUUUAUGAGAAACAACAUGACAGCAAGUAUGUUUGACCUCUCAAUGAAGGACAGAACUAAAUCUCCUUUUGCUAAACUAAAGGACAAAAUGAAGGGUCGCAAGACUGAUGGGACAUUUUUGGAUACAUCCUCUGCAAUCAUACCAAGUACUCAUAUGCCAGAAAUGAACACUGUAAGUUCUUUCAUUGAAAAAUCGAAACCAAAAAAGCCUUUUCUUUUGGGACCUCAGCGACUGUCUUCAGCUCAUUCAAUGUCUGAUUUAAUUGGGCCUCAGGUGACUUCAGAAAAAAUUAAAUCCGGCACAGUUGGCAACACAUUCCUCUUCAGACGUCAGCUUGAGUCUGUUGGUUCUAUGGAUGAAAGUGGAAAUCUAAAAUCUCCACACAGACGGACAUUAAGUGCAGAUACAACUAAAGUGAACCAACUCGACAGCACAGUUGAUGAUAGUGACUCAGCUUUUGGAGCACAAAAUGACCCUUUUACAAAUGUGAGUGCUUCAUUGCCUCAGAAGUUUGCCACAUUGCCAAGGCAGAAGAAUCCAUUUGAAGAAAGUCCUGUAUCAUGGGACCAAAACAUAGGUCUGUUUUCAAAACCUGUUGAAGUAAAAAAAGAUGUUAAGAAAGAGAGAAAGGAAAAAGUUAGUCUUUUUGAGAGAGUGACUGGGAAAAAAGAUAGUAAACGGUCAGAUAGACUUAGCAAUGGAGGAUCAGAUGGCUCCACUGACUUGAAAUCACCCAGUGCUUUUGGAGAAAAUCAUCAGCACAGUUUUGAUUUUGAUUCAAGUAAUCCCUUUACAUCCAGCUUCAAGCCGACAAGUGUGCUGCCAUCUUCUAGUCUUAAUGUGAAUACUGGAAACAUUGAAGACCUCCGGAAAACAAUGGAUGGAAAUCCUUUUGAUGUUGCUGCAGGAUACCGUAACCUUACAUAUGAAGAAGUCUUACAGGAGUUAGUGAAACAUAAAGAACAACUGAAGAAGAAGGACACCCAUAUUCGUGAACUUGAGGAUUAUAUUGACAAUCUUCUUGUACGAGUAAUGGAAGAAACUCCCAGUAUUCUUCGAGUGCCAUAUGAACCUUCUCGACGAGCUGGCAAAUUUUCCAAAAGCUAAGCCAAUACCAACACUUCAUGGUGUUUCUUUAAUAUGAUGGACUGCUUAUUGCAGUGUGUUUUUUAUAUCUUAAUUUCAAUUAUCCACUCUUUUCAUUCUGAGAAAAUUUGACUCCAAAUAUUGACUGAUAUUUCCCAAACUGGCAAUCUGUACAUGAGUUAUAUAACAUUUUACAAAAGUAAAUUUUAGUUCCAUUUGUUGAAAAAAAAUUCCUUUUAACUUAAGCAUUUUCUUGCAGGUGCAUUUUCUUUUAAAUAUUACUGCUUCCUACACAGUUGUACAGCUAUGAUCCCAUAUACAUACUUGAAUAUUUAUUUUGCACUUCAGUCAAUCUUUUUGAUGUUACAGCAUGCUGUCAAAGUGAAUGCGCACAAGCAGGAUGUGUUUUGCAGCUCUAAACAUGAAGGAAAAUGUGAUAAUAUAUGACUUCAUUGUUAGCAAUUUAUGCCUUGGAAUCACCAAUACAUACUUCAUAAUUAGGAAGUGUCAUAUAAUGUUUUUGCAUAAAAAUGUUGACACUUUUGAUUCUGGAAUGAAAUAUAUUUGAAAUGGUUAAAUUUCUAGUUCUUUAAGGAAUUUGGGCUUUUGAAAUGGCAAAUAGCAACUUAUUAAAUCUGUAUGGAUGUAACUGAAGCUGGAUAUAUAAGGAAACCGCAUACCACUUGUUUAAACAUACAAGUAUACAUUAAGACUAAGUAAGUAAAACCGAAGAGAGUGAUGAAUUAAUGCCUCGUUUGCUUAAAGUCUAUAUGAAUUCGUCUAGAUAAGGCUGACAGGGACAUAACAUUCUGAAAAAUUAUACAUAUUUCCUUCGCCUUUCCAAAUUUGAAACAGGAAAUGGAAAUGAUAUAUAUUUGUCAUUACUGAUCUAGGUGAUAGCUCUCUAAAAUAGGUUGGAGGGUUGUUGUUUUUAUAGACUUGUUUUUCAAGACUAUAUUCUGCGUCAAAACCAUUCUUCACUUAAGAAGGAUAGAGGUAUUUGAUUAAGCAUGUCUCUAACUAGGUAACUUUUGUGUUUAGUGUUGUGUGUCUUAUUUCAAAGUGGCAAAAUGCAAUUUCUAAUGAAAAACACUGCCAUGAAGAGAAUAUUGUUUACUAUACCAGUAAUCAAAAAUUUGUUAUUUUAAUUUGCUUUAUACAAGACUUUAAGCAGAGUGUUUACUAGUGUCAAAUAUAAAGUAGGCUUAGACAUUAGAUACAUGAGGUGUUGAGAAGAGGGCAUUUUAUUUUCAGAUUUUCAUGUGUGUGUUUUCUUGCUGGUUUAAUGAGCAUUUUCAAACAUGGACAUAAGCAGGACUUUUCUGAGGAGGAGAAACCGAAGACUAAAAUAUAUUUUCCUUUUUUAUUAUUAUAAAUGAUACAAAUUCAAAUUGCUUUUCAUUUUCUUUUCCCACAUUAACAUGCCAACAUUUUUUCUUAAUCAAAACACCCACGUAACUGGAAUAGUAUAGGAGCUAUCAUCAGAAGAUGGAGGGGCAGGAAUUCUUAAGUAUCCUCAGCCAUAUUAAACAGAAUACUAUGCCAUGGACAUCUUGUUUCAGUGGUUUCCUCUAUAGUGGUUUGGUGGCUCCUAAUUAAUCAGUAAAUCAUAAUAUAUUGAGUACUGGUACUAUGUCUCAGAACACCCAGGGUUUCCCCCCUGUAUUUCAAGUCUACAUGGUUUCACUUUAUUCUAUCAUACUCAUGUGCCAAAGGAUACAUUCUAAGCUAUUUUUUGUGUUUUAAGGUUAGCGUCUCAGUUUUAAGUAGAUGUUUACCUUCGUUGUUUAUACCAGAAUGGAUUUUAAAAUCCAUUGCUCAUUUAAAGCUUGCAGAUGUUUCACAGUACCAUAGUUAAUGACUUCCACCCAUGAUAAUGGAAACGACUGGGCCAUUGAUGUUUAAUUUGAACUUCCAUUUUAUGCGACUUCAUCAUGCCUCUUCAGUGAAUAUUCCUUAAGUACAACAGAAGAGCAUGAACCACCGAAUUCUAAGCUCAUAAUGUUCUGAACUUUUAAUCUCUACCACCUUUCAAAUUAUGUCUUAUUAGAAUCGUCAUGUGAAAGAUCAAAAUGCUUGACUAUAGAACUUUUGAUCUAUGUGACAGAGCUCUUAAGAACUUUAGCUGAAAAUGUUAUGAGGGGUUUUCAUAUGCUUUAUAGUCCAGUUUUUCUAUCUGAUCAGUAAUUGAAUUCAUGCACCUUUUUAUUUCCAGUAUUUAAUGGCAAAAUAUCUGAAGAAAAGACCUGUGUGGUAACUAAAAUAGACACAAUGUAAUGUUUACAAAAAACAAAAAAGUAAUCACAAUGUAUAAAAAAGAUGACUUGAAAUACAUUGACUAAAUAUUAUUUUAAAAGCUGGUCUAUAUUCUCUGAGUAUUAGGCACAGUCUAGCUACAUGCUGUCUGAGCCUACAGGAGAGCAUGUUCAGGACUGCCUUGUACAAUUCCCAACUCCCAGCCAUAGUAGAAAUGAGGAGAGACUGCCUAUGCUGGCAGGUUUGUUGUGCCUGUACCUCCUCAGCAAUGUACAGUGCAACUCUGCUCUGAGUACAACCUUGGUGAUAUCUCACUCCAGUAUUAGUGUGUCCUCAGAUUCUGUGAUUCUCUUUGAAGUAUAUACAAUAUUCAUACCAGCUUAAAAUAGUUUGUUUUAGUUCCUAAAAUUUAGGAACUUCAAAAUCCAUUCUCCAAUGCCACAUACUGUAUGGAUGGGCAAUAUUGAGAAUACACAUACUCCACACAUUCUUGUGUAUCUUUCUUGUUAAAAAAAAAGCAUGUAGGACUUACUAUGAAUCAUACUUUAUUCAUUUUGAAACAGUACUGCCUUCCAGCAGAAUGGCUAGUACUUUUUAUAAAAUAUAUGAAGGUCAUUUUUGUGAAAGGUUAUUGUCAACAAAAAAUAAUGCUUAAUAGUAUAUUACUUUUAACUGCUGUAUUUUUAUGUUGAAAUUGAUUACCAUUUACUAAUGAAUGUAAAAUUAUUCAUAGAUUAUACUUAGCCACAUCUUUUAUUGUUGGCUGUAAAUCAAGCUCUAGUUGUGAUGUUCCAGGUAUGAAAAUAUUGCCUUGUAUUUGAAAGUUUUAUGACCGGAGUCAUAUUCCCAACUAACCAUUUUAAUAAGUUAUUCCUCCCCCCCCCAUCCCAAGUCCUUUGCUCAAUUAGUUCCUCAAAAGAAAUGAUGCAUAUGUCUUAAAAUAUAUUUACUGCUGCACUGCAAUAUUAUUUACAACUAUAUAUUUGAAAAAUGAAAUGUAGACUAAGGGCUUCCCCACAAGCUGAGCUCCAUGUAUCCCUUAAGAAUUGUAGUAGCAGUAGAAUUGAAAAUGUAUGUAUUUCAAAAUAUGUUUGAUGUAUGUCAGAUUCUUUGCUCUUUCAAAGCAGCUGACAAAGGAUCACAACACUGAUAGAUAAAAAAAGAUCUGUGGUAGGUUCUGUUAAACAAUUCUCUUCUAGGUAUUCUAAACACUGAGUAUAAGAAGCAAAUUGUGAAGAAGCAAGAGUUGCAUUCCUAAAUCCCUAUUUCUAUGUGACCAAAUUGGCUCUAAAUCUAGAUACAGUUCCUAGCAGUAUUUAGUAUGCAACAGCUAUAGCACUUUAAUUGUUUUUUAAAAAGGUUUUCAGAAUGAUUUCUGUUAAGUAAGGUACCUGCUCCUGAAGUAUUGUUGGCCCUCUCUUGAUCCUUCAGAUUCUGUGUUCAGGGAAUCUGCAGUAUUUACAAUUCAUUCUGUUACAAAUGGUACAACCACUUAAUUCAGCAUAGAUGAUUCCAGAUUAUAUUUACUUGAUACUAUAAAAUACUAUUAUGUUAUAGAGUUGUAUAGCAAGUUUACAAAAGAUAUGAGCAUGGCUUGGACGAAAGAGGGUUCAUUUGUUUUUGUGCAAUGACUAAUCAUUUGUACUUUUUUUUUUUCAAAAAUGGAAAGUCACAAUUUGUGUGGCACCUGUGUAUGUAGAAUGAUGAAAUGCAUGAACUAUCAUUUUGGUUGCAUUGGUACCCUUGAACACUUUUUAUUUAAUCAAAAUUGUAAUCUUAAUUUUAGAUUUUCUCCCAGUGAUUGUUGCAUGUCAAACACAAAUAAAAUGCCACUGUGCACUACAACCUCUUGUCUAGCCAU